AAUACACAAAAGCAGGUCACUGUCCGGGAAGGCAAUAUGCUGGUUGAGGAGUGUGACCGCCUGUACGUGAUUUUUAAUGGCGAGAAGCUGGAAGACAACACAUUCGCAGUGUGCCCGUCCAGUAGCCCGACAAAGCCUUCCCGUGCUCAUGGUCCAAGUCCGGCCAAACACACGGUGGCGGGCCGCUCGAAAGCUGUCUGUUCGUCGGACCCAUCAGGACAGGCUGUGACGUGUUUCGACGUGGCGGGAGAGGAAAGGUUCUCUCGUAGCAUGUGGGAGGACGGCGGCGUGACAAGUUCUCAAGGACCUGCUUACGGGGAGAUGGAGCGGAACCCGUCCCGUCUACUUGGUCUACUCGAGAACUUUUGCAAAGCUGGUCAAACUGUUUUUUUCUUUGGGAAGGCGCAUGUGUCUGUCGUGUGGGAACUCCUGCGCACCGGUCGGAACGUCGUCGCGUUGGAGAAGGAGGCGAAGAUGAUCGAUUACCUUCACGAGUUCGUGAAGGCACGCGUUGCAGACACUCGCAAUGCUUGCGAGUUUGCACGGUCCACCGGCGAACGAAACUGGGAUCCCAAACGUGGCAUACCGCCUGGUCCGAUCGACCUCGAAUACAAUCCACGGAGAAACCUGGUGUUUGCUGUGCUCAAUGGGUACCACGGUGCACCCAGGGAGUCUGUCUCGCACCUCCUGAGAAGGCUGGAACACGUUUACUUCACGCUGGCCGAACCGCUCACUCUCGAAAACUACAAGUCACAGUUUAACGAGGAGGAUCCUUUCGACGCUGAAGACAUGGAGGAGCUGAGCGACUCCGAAACMUUCGAYUUCGAGUCCAUGCCACUUCCUCGGGUGGUUGGACAGGUUGGUGAUGAAGAGGAAGGUGGCCCUCGGAGAUAUAGCACGUCCCCUGCCGGUUUGAAGCGUGUGUUUCGGGGCGAACCAGUCGACGACCAAUCGUCUGAUGACGGGGAGGAAGAGAGAGACUAUGAUCACGAACCUUGUGACAGGCUCCCUGUGGACCAUGACACCUGGCAGAAUGACAGACUCAACUUCUUCGGGAAGCAUCACCGGUUCACGUCGGAGGAUGUUUGGGGACACAACGUCGUCUGGCACCCGAGGAUAUUCCAACCUGCUGUGAGGAAUGGAAUAUGGGUCAUGGCAAUAAAGGAGGCCGAUGGCAAGUGGAGUGGACUGAAGAGACUGGGAGCGGGUGCAUUUAAGAGAAAGGCAAGAAUUGCUCUGGUGGAGCAUUUGAGUCUCAUGAACCCCGAGAGGAACGAUCAGGACGUCGAUGCGUAUGCAGAACAAAAGCUACAUGAGUUGUACGUCAACAACAUGUUGGAGUUUCGAGCGCCUUUCUACGCACUCGAAACGGCACCUUCUCGUGGCAUUGACUGGUGCAUGCCGCAACCUCCGCCGGCCGGUCAGCAUCCGGGAGGGGGUGGUGGAGGAGACGAAGGAGACGGCGGAGGUGGCGGAGGAGACGGCUCACAGUUUGCCGGAAAGGGGAUGGGCGAGACAUCGUCGGUUGAGAAGGCGUCCGGUGGAAAGGUGUCGGGCGGAAAGGGGUCAGGCGGGAAGAGGUCGGGCGGGAAGGGGUCAGGCGAAAAGCGUAGAACGUCUGGGAGUCCCCAGUAUAUGGAAACUGGCCCCCACUGCGUAGGGAGUCGAGAUUCCGACAUGCGAGACGAGGCCACCCUGACGUCUGAUCAAGUGCAAUUGGACACAGGGUUACCCUGCUCGCCUCCCUUCUCAUGUCUUGAGACUCGAGACUGGCGGUCUCGCGACAUGCUGGAGGAGCCCGCUCCAGGAGUGUUGGAGACCAUGGGUAGGGAGAACGAACGUCACACUCGUGGGGAAGACGAGCGCUCUCCGGAAACGCGUGUUGUACAUCGGGAAGACGAAACUCAACGCUGGCAGUCUCGCAAAGUGUUGGAGACCGGGGGUAGCGAGUGUGAACGUCAUGCUUCGGAGGGUGUGUCCGUGGAGACUGACAGCGAGAGUGCAGGAGCUCUGGGGGAAACGCACGCUGUACAGCGGGGAGAGGACACUCGACACGGGACGGCUCGUGAAGACGUGAAGUGGCUCCACGCACGAGCGCUGGUGAUCGGGACGUCCGAAGACGUUCUGUACAGUCGCUCGGUUGUGGCCACGACGCGAGAGGGUGUCGUUAAGGGAGGUCAGUGGACGUCCGUGCAAGUUCCCGUUCUUGGCGACGAUGAAGACGAAGAAGAACCCGCGGUGGAAGCUCGGGUUCAUUGCGAUGAGAAAGGCGGAGAACCCGUGGUGGAAGGCUGUGAGGUGACUGCCGACAUCCGGACGGAUCCACAGCGGAAGGAUGGUGAUUCUUUGCCCACCCGUUGCGGUGAAGAACAGGGUGGUCGAGCGUCUGUCGUGAGCACCGCUCGAGGAAUGGUGCUUCGUGAAGCCAUAGAGUUGGGUGACGACUCGGCAGCCACCGAGCUGGUUAGCGACUCAGGCGUGGCCGAGAUGCAGAACGUCGAAUCCUCCGUCGAAGGCGGUGAGGUGGCCGUCAGCAUCAAGAUGGAUCCAGAGCGGAAAGAUCAUGAUUCUCCGUCCAYCCGUUGCGGUGCCGAACAGGGUGAUCGAGCAUCUGUCCUCAGUACCGGUCGGGAAAUGGUGCUUCAUGAACCCAUCAACUUGCCAAGCGACUCAGCUGCCACCGAGCUGGUUAGCGACACAGUCGUGGCCGAGGUCCAGAACCUUGAAUCGUCCGUGGACGUUGGUGCAGUGGCGCGACAGGAGGGCGAGUUCCCUCAAGGGGCUCCCGAGCACAGUGUGAGGUUGUUAAUGUCCCUGCCCAUGACGCCUUUAAAAGCCGUGUGCGAUAAACGUCUUUCAGGGAGGUCAUUGGCCGCUUCACCGAAGAAGUCGUCAAGUGUAGGGUUGUUUAAAAGGACCCAGAUGCCUCGCCUUUCCGAGAAAGCUGUCAGGGUUCUGAAGGUUUGUGGAAUAGAUAAGGAGGAAGGUCUGCGGAAACAUUUGGCUGCGUCUAUUGAGAGCGUUACUGCUUUGUCUGACGGGUCUGAUGGCGAUGGCAAACGGGGUGUCUUGAAAGACCCGUGUCCUAAGUACAUCGUGAAGGACACAUUCAACAAGCGGGGAUACAACUUUUCUGGGAAAAGGGAAGACAGUUCUUAGCCAUUCCACCACGGGGUUUGUGCUCACUCCUCACACUUGUUCGUGGGUGUUUGUGCAGCUGGGGCUACAUCAUGUUUUCGCGUUCCGUUGCCUACUGAG